AUGCCAACGAGUCUAGAGGUCCCAAGAAAUGAUACUCUUUUCAGCUGCCUCCUUGAACUGGAAAUCUUCAAAAUUUGUUUCAUCACAUCAGUCAAUCAACAACUGGAGUUGUUGUUGCUCUGCUUCAAACAUUUGCCUAAAGACUCAGGCGUGGUUGGAGAGGCUGUGACAUCCAUACCGCAUGAUACACAUUAUCUAAUUGAUGUUUGGAAGUAUGAGUCAGAAAUUUUACCCAAAUUUGGCAUAAUCGCCAACAGUACCGAUUUGGGCGAACAGUAUCCAAUUUUGCCCCUAUGUCCCGCACUCGAGAAUGUAAAAUAA